UUAUUUGGGUUUCUGAAUCCGGCAGGGGAGGGUGUGUUAGAAGUUGCGAUUCUCUUGUGCGUGACACUUGUGUUUAAUAUUAAUCGUGAUCACGGUUUUUUAAUUCAUUAUAACCGUUUAAAAUUUCACACAAUUAAAAUAUAAUCACCAUUGCCGUGUUCUGAUUAGGUGAAUAUAAUCUAGUAGAAAGAACAAUGGCAAAGGAAGAUGUUAUUAUGUCUGAAUCUACAUCCCUUUACAAACAUCUUCUCGAUGAAGUGAAAGCAUCGGCCCAAGAACCGCAAAGUGCCAAAAUAACCCAUGAUAGUGGUGAUAUGUAUUUUGCACCACCGUCUUUGAUGAGAUCAAAGAUGGAUAUUGAGUUACAGAUAGCUGGAUUACGAAGACACCAGUUGCUUAUGGAUAAAAAAAUCGUAGAAGAGGUAUUCAGAGCCAAAGAAAAUGCUUUGGAAGCAGAGACGAAGUUGGCUUUGACAAUGCUCGAGGCAUAUCCAACUCCUGGAUCGCCUCUUACUGAUUCAGUUGGUGUAAAUACGAAUGCUAUUAAUGUGUUUUCAAACGCUAGUGCACCACCAGCAACAUCAUUUGAACAGGAUCCAGUAAAAUUUAAUACAUCUGCACAAAAUGAAAUAAGUUCCCCGUCUCGUUCGGAUUCUGCUAUUGGUACACCAGGUCUUUCUGCAUUAUCAUCUUUAGAUAGAGUGAAAGUAAGACUCGUGUCUAGUCCGGGAUUAAACGAAACUUAUGAGGUCCUGGGUUCUGACGAAAGCGUGAUUUUUCACGUCAAAAUUUCACUCAAACACCCUAAAGGUGACAAAAAUCUAUCAUUCGAAGGUGAAAUAUUAGACAAACAUCAUGAAGAGGUGGUGAAAUUUCAUUUAAAUGAAAAUCGUGAGUUGGUAGUGACGGCACGCAAUGAGAAAGUUUGCUCGAUCAAACGUCAGCCUACUCUUAUUAAGCCUGUGCUGACUGUCAAUGAUAAUGAUAACAAGGUACUUUUCAAAGUCAAAGGGCAAGGUCUCCGUAGCAAUAUACCCAUAUUCCCAAUCACAAAUCUGGAGAAGGUGCCUAUCGGCGGAAUUAACAAGGCUUUACCUUUGACAGCGCAGCCAAGCAACUUCGUUGAUGCACAGCUCAGCUCCAUUGAUUUUCCUCGUGACCUUGAUGUUAAAAGCAAAGCAGCAAUAAUCGCUUGCAAUUUCAUCAUUGUGAGUACCGACCAUGCGAUGAUUCGCUCUCGUUUGCUGCAAAAUGAGUUAUUAAUGGUAGCCACAGAUAAAAAUGUCACUGAAUAUUGAUUUCUGAAUAAAUCCUUUGAAGUUUUAUUUAACAGCGGGUUUUCUACUGAAAAAGCAAAUCCUCGAGAAGAAGCUUCAAGCUAGAACAUUAACAUUACAACUAAGAACUCUUUUAUUAUUUUUACUAACACAUUAAUCGGAUCCUUUAGCACGAAACAUCAUUGGAUAUGAACCGAAUUGGAAUUAAGCAAGAAUUGUAUUCUUGCUCUUUACACCCCUUUUUACUAACUUAGGAAAACGUAUAACUUAACGCUUAAUCUUGAGAAGAAAUUUUUAAAGUAGGUAAAUAUAAUAUUUUUUAAUAUGUUAAAUUACUUCACUAACACAUAAUUGCGAAGUAAUUUCAAUAAGGAAGUAUUUAAAAAUGAAAAAAAAAGCACUAAAAAAUCUCCUCCACUAAAUGGCGACUCUAGCAAAAGUUGAUCUUUGCAGGAAACGAAUGGACCAAAGAUAGUCCGUAGUUCCGUUUCUUUUAACUAACAUAUUAAAAAACUGAAAUUUGCAAAGUUUGUAACUUAGAUAUCAAAUACAAAGAGUUGUUUAUUGAGUUUUUAAAACUAAUUUACUUUUAGACAUGAAAGAAAACCGGAAGGGUUGUCAUGGAGAAAUCAAGAAAGCACUGUAGCGACAUCAAGUUUGAUUUCGGGAACUAAUUUUUUUUUUUUAAAUACUUUCUCAUUCAAAUUACACACGUGUCUCGCCAUAUGUUUAAUUUAAAUUGAAAAUCUCUAAAAAUGAAAAAUGUCUACUAGCAACAAGUGAAUGGCUGGAAAAUACAUUUAUGUAUUUAUCUAUCUAUAUCUUCACGCCGUAUCCCAUAUUGAGUAGAUAAUAUAUAUAUUUAGUUUAAGAAUACUGCUUGUACUGUUUUAAGAGCGAUAAUUUUACAAUUUAUUGUUAGUUUUAUUGUUACAUAUACUAUUGUAGUGAUUUUUGUAAUUAUUACAGAUCGUGGCACAUAAGUUGAACUAUGCGCAGUAGUACAUUUUAGGGUCUAAAUCUAAUCUUUCAAUGAUUAGGGACCAACUGACUUACCAUAAACCACUUGAAUUAAGGGUUUUUCUAUGUAUCUAUAAAUAAAACUUCCGAUCCAUGGACCACUUGAGAUACUUCCAGUGGUCUACGUAGCUGGUAACCAUAGCAAUGCAGUAUAAUCCAUGACAUGACGCGGAGAAAUCGCCAUUUUGGGUUCAAUUUACGUGCCGGGCAUCAUAUAUGGUUUUUUAGGUAAAACAUAGUUUUAGAUAUUGAUAAAACUACUUUAUUUAAUAAAUUCUAUAUUAAAUCUGUUCUGUUCUAU